CUAUGUGUCAGGAGACAUAUGACGCGAGCCCAGCUUGAUCCAAAAUGUCGUCAGCUGCGUCCUAUCCAAAGCUAGGGACGUAACAGAUUCGUUCCUGCGCCCGAUAGCUGUGACGCUAUUGCGGCGGAUCUCAGAGCUCGAGCUCGGAUCGGCAGCGGGAGAGAAGUCAUCGCUUCUCCUGCUGCUUUUAGCACACUGCGUAGGGUUACAGCAGGUUAGGCCUGGAACCAGCUGUUAUUUAAGAUGAACCCUUAUGACUGAAAGUGACCCCAUUUAGUAAGCUGUCAGCUUCCAGUGGUCACAGCCAUGCCUGAAGAUUAGAGCCUCUCUUUGCUUACAGCAAUACAAAUAUAGAAGAUUCUACAUGAUUCUUCAUGUAGACCUUCCUGUGUUUGUCCUGCUGUAUUGAAUCCAUCCUCCGGUACAUUAGUAUAAGUUCUGUCCCUUUCAUACCACUCCCCCAUGUCCAUCUGGGAACAUGCAACUGCAUCGAAUGGCUCCAACCUAGUCUCAUGCGUCCAGUGAGUGGAGAGUCAGACGGCCCUGCCCCUGAAAGAGUAUCACAGGCCUUCCCUCCGUCUGGCCCUGUGCCCUCCUCAGAGAUGUCUUCACUGCAGUCACUUGGGCCAGUGCAGAGUUGGCUGGGUCAGGAGCUGGAGAAAUGUGGCAUAGAUGCAGUGAUCUACACCCGCUACGUCCUUAGCCUGCUGCUGCACGACAGCUAUGACUAUGACCUGCAGGACCAGGAAAAUGACAUCUUCCUGGGCUGGGAGAAGGGAGCGGGAAAGAAAUGGGGGAAGAGCAAGAGGAAGGGAGGGACCGACCUUAGUCUGGAAGAGAUGAAGAAACAAGCUGCUGUGCAAUGUUUGCGUUCAGCAUCUGAUGAAAAUUCUGGAAUUGAAAGCUUGGUUGAGGAACUUUGCUCCAAACUCAAGGAGAUUCAAAACAAACAGAAAGAAAAAGAAAAGCAAGGAAGUAAAAAGACAGAUAUAUCUCAGUCUCCUGAGCUGGAUGAAUCACCUUCCUCCAAGGACCAGGUUGAGAUGUACUAUGAAGCUUUUCCACCACUUUCUGAAAAACCUGUUUCCUGUCUCCAAGAAAUUAUGACAGUGUGGAACAAAGCAAAAGCUUGCACAUAUUCCAGCUCAUCAUCUGCUGUCCCUCAAACAAGCACAGACACAUCCUCCCCAAAAGACUGCACUAGUGAAGGUGAAGCUUUUAAGGACCGAACACUCGAAGCACCCAGCUCCACUUUAACCAGCGAGAGGGCCCAGCAGCGACGCACAAAGAGGGAGAAGGAGAACCGAUUCCAUGGUAGCGCUACAUCAGUGGCAGAUGAUCAGGUUACUUCUCAAAGUAAGAAGCAGGCCAGACACCGGACAGAGGGGAGGUUCCGCCCCAGAUCAUGGUCCUCUGGCUCUAGUGAGGCUGGCUCAAGCUCCAGUGGCAACCAGGGUGACCAGAACUCUAUUUGCAAAGCAGUCCGCAUUAGACACAAGUCUCGAGAGGUCAGCAGCAGAAACAAAAGAGGGCGCAGCGGUGGACAGGUCAAACUGGCUUUAAAAGUGAUUGACAAAGAGGAAAGGAAAAAUGCACGUCGCAGCAUAAGCACCACUGGAGGCCCGCAUAAGCAACAGCAGCACUACAUGAAAAAAGGCAAGAGACCUCUGAGGGAGAUUCGCAAAGAUGCUAAUCUGGUCGAGGCACAGGAGUCAGGAGGAGAGGCCAAUAAAAAGGAAUAUAUGGAGGAGCCUCUUUGGUACACAGAGCCCAUCUCGGAGUACUUUGUCCCCCUCAGCAGAAGCAAAUUGGAAACAAAGUAUCGAAGUAAAGACGACUCCACGACUGACUUUGAUAUGUCCAUAGAUGUGGACUGUCUGUCAGAGAGAAUUCAAGGAAUAUGCAUUGCAAAUUCUUUCCAAAGGGCGUACCUUGCGGCAGGCACUUUUGUGGACGGGCACUUUAUCGAAGUGCCCGGUGAAGGUGAUGAAGAGUGUACUGAACUGAAUGGGAUUCUGAGCUACCCUCCUCCUGAUGAUGGUCAAGAUAUAGAUGACAAGCAUCUGUCUGAAUUCACUCACUUCUAUGAAGUUGAUCUUUAUCAAUCCAUAAUGGAUCCUAGUGCCUCCGAUGCGGUACAAGAAAGUCGAAUCUUGAACAUGAUUCGUCAGAAGAGCAUUGAGCGAAAACACUUUGAAGCGGGGUGUGUAGUUUUAGAUGGCCUUGAGCUGCAAGAGGAAAGUGCAAUAAGGGUGGAUUCUCUGGGAGCCUCAGAAGCUGAUACUUCUUUCACACAAGAUAUGGAAAAUAUUGCUCAAGUUUGGGAGUGUUGUUCGUCAUCUAGUUUGGAGGAUUUGGAGGGAGAAAGUUGUACAGGUGACUCUCCUGUCAGACUCUCCCCUUUGUUGGACAGUGGUCCAUUUAACUUUAGAAAGUUGUCCGGAGCUUUCGCAGGGCCUCAUCUCCAAGAAGCCAGUGAUAGCAUCUCUGCCCUGAACUCCUGCUUUUCGCUUUUUGAGUUGCAGUACGAUAGCCCUACUUUUUCUUUCCCCAGUGACUCGCUCACAUGUGGUCAGGACAAUGUAGACUCAAGUAGCUGUUUAGAUCCACAAGGCAACAAACAAUCGCGUUUGCUAAUUUGGACCAAAAACAGUGCCUUCGAUGAAACGGAACACUGCUCUAAUUUAUCAACUAGGACCUGCAGUCCGUGGUCCCACUCAGAAGAGACGCGAUCAGAUAGUGAGCAGAUAGGUCCUCCAGCGGAUGAGUUUGCACAGUUUGGUAAUGAAGAGGUCCGUUGUAUUCCCCUUAUUCCACCUUCCUGUCUGGAGGAGGACCUUUUGGAUUUCUUGCAGGAGAACUCAAGUCACCAGCAAGGAGAACAGAGUAUAGGCACAGAGUCAAACCAGCCGUUCAAUAAGAAAUCGAAAUUGGAGUCUAUAUGUGGCAUCGCAUUAGAGCAGGAUGAGAGUAAACUGUAUAAUGCUGUUGUGUUUUCAGAUGUCCCAAAUCAACAAACUGAUGAAUACACCUCAGGGAUCAUAAAAGAUAUUUGGAUGGCUAUUGGAGACAGAGACUGUGUCUUAACACUUGGGGUGAAGAACGCAGGAGAGCACUUGUUUUCUGAGGAGGCUGCUGGCUACCAGUGCAGUUCUCUUGACAAGGAUGUAAAAGGUGAAAUCACUCAGAAGAAGGCUGUGCAGCGUUCAGAAUAUCAUCUUUGGGAUGAGCAUAAAAAGGAUGAGGGUCUUUGUAAAAACAAGCUGUCUAAAAUGGAUGGGGAUUAUACAACACCGUCCAAGCCCUGGAAUUGUAGUUCACAGGACAGCACAUCAUUUAUCCUCGGAGGGGUCUAUGGAGAGCUGAAGACUCUAAGUGGUGACAGGGAAUGGGCUAUGAUUCCACCCAGCGAUGCUUGUGGGAGUCUAUUGCAGUGUGCAGCAGCCGCAUCCUCUGACAUGGUAACCUUUGCUGGGGCAGACGUGUUCAUGAACCCAAGCAGUUGCUUUGCUCCUGGCCACAAGCCAUUGUGGAGACCGCUUGUGUCCCUCGGUCAAAACGAGCAGGCCACCAAAGGACCAGGGGAUGGUCUGAAUAAGGGAUUUUCUGUCGUCUUCCAUGAAGAUUUACUUGGAUCAUGUGGAAGCUUCCGUGGAGAAGAACCGGGACUGGAAUACCCGUUUUCAUCCUUUGAUCUAAACAACCCUUUUUCCCAGGUCCUGCAUGUGGAGUGCUCUUUUGAACCAGAGGAUAUGGCCUCGUUCAGCCCGGGAUUCAAGCCAAAAUCCAUUUUAUGCUCAGACUCUGACAACGAGCCCUUUUGCCCUUGGUUAUAUGGCAUCAACCGGACUCAGUAUCGGGCCAUUCGAAUUUCCCCAAGGACUCAUUUCCGGCCAAUAUCUGCCUCGGAGUUGUCUCCAGGAGGAUGCAGCGAGUCAGAUGUUGAGUCGGAGAAAGAGGAAGUAAGUCUUCCAGUCGGUCAGGUAGACCUCUUUGAUGACCCACAGGCUGACCUCAAGCCCCUCGAGGAGGAUGCAGAGUGUGAGGGUCCAUAUUAUGGGAAAUCGGAAUUAGAGUCGGGGAAGUUCUUACCCAAAUUAAAGAAGUCUGGCAUGGAGAAGAGUGCCCAGACAUCGCUUGAUUCGCAGGAAGGUGGAAGCACCCUGCUGCCCAUUACUGAACAAGAGAUUUGCGAACAUUGCGAGACUGCAGCAGUGUCGGAGUUGCAUUCUGAUGUGCAUUCCUCUGUUUUUCAACAAGAGGAAUCUUUCAAAGAGACAGAGUCUUGCAAAUCUGUUGCAACUGAUCAGAUUCCAAAAAGUGGGGAGUCAUUGGAUGGGGUUCAGGAUAUGCAUGAGUUUCCUCUGUUGAAUUUUGGAGAGCAGUGCUUAACUAAUAUACAGCAUGAGGAGUACUGGUGGCAAAGUACUCUAUGUUCUCCUUUGUUUCCAGGUUCUCAGUGCAGAGGAAGCAGUAAUGUAUAAAUCGUCUGCUGAACACCAAGGCAUAAUAAUGCCAGUUUUCUCACAUCACCUUCAACCAUAAUCCAGAGGAGGACCCUCAUAAAAACAUCAACCUCAGGGCCCAUGGGCUCUUAUUUACCCACACUGUCCUAAACCCUGUUAAUCCUCAAUCAGUUCACCUGAAACACCAUAUCAGUUUAGAGGAAAAACAUGGGAAUUGGUUGGAUGUGCAGUUAGAUGAUUUUGUUCAACAGCAUUUAUUAUAGACUUGUUUUCAGUCUGCUAAUUCCAUGGUUGAUCAUUUUUUGAAGAGAGUAAAAAAAGGCAUAGUUAAGCAUUAAGAAUGUUCUUUCAUUUACCCCUUAUAGAGUUUAGCUUCUAUUUUAUGUUUGAUCAAGGAUUAACUGUAGCUGUGGUCCUACUGAUUGUGCAUGUGCUUGUGAACCUAGUCUCAGUCUUUCUAAUAGCAUAAGUUUCUGUGACCUAACUAAGAAUACUCAGAAGUCAGGUUGAAAGCACUACGAUUGCAAAAUCCCCAGAUCCCAUUUAGUUUGAUGUUUGUGUGAGGUUUGGUGUGCUAAAGAAAAAAGUGCUGUUGAGCCCCCCAAUGCACACUUUUCUGUGCUGUUUUACAUUAACCUUCUGAUGGUGUCCCCAUUACAUGUUGCUUUGAGAGGAUACUAAGGAAUAAAAGAGGAUUGGAUUUUUACAAGCUCAACCCUGCAACAGGAAAACUGAAAAACAGAGAGCUCGUAUAACGCAGAGGGUUAAUACACAAAUAGAUCUCUUGCAAGGCUAUAUAUCCUUUAAAGUUGCUUGCAUUUCUUAAGUAUACCUCCUAAUACAGCCAUUGUGAUUGAUUGAUUUGAAUUGUUUAGCCAUUUAUUUCACCCACUUCAGGAUUUAAUAUAAAAACUUUUGGUGACAAAGAAUAGUUGCAAUAUCAAUAUUGUUCCAAAUCUUUAAACAGUUUAUUAUUUGGAAGUAAUUGUACAUAAUUUCUUAUAAGUUAUCGUUAAAAACUAUUACACACAAGAUUGCACAUAGAUGUUUCUAAGAUAUAUAUAGUUUUAUAGAGUGAAGCAAAGAUUGGUUUGUAGGAAAAUAAAGAGGGGUGCAUUAAGCAAUAUAUUUUGGCACACCAUAACUCAACCUUCUCAAAUCUUUUGUUAUAUGCAAAAAGAAACACAAAUUACAUUGCUUCUGAAAACUGGUAGAUUUCUUUCUAUUCACCCUUUUUUGCAGUGAAGGAGGACUAAACUGCUCUGUUGGUAUUUGUAGUGACAGGGGAAAGAAAGGAUGCAGGGAUGUAGUGUUACCCUUUUACGUUUGCAUAAAGAAUGCUGUUUGGUUUGAAAAGUUCAAGAUUAUUCACUUUCAGUCUUGUCAUUUUUGUAAUGCAGAAACUAAAUCCAGUCCAUACUAGCAUUGUUCAUUAUUUUGGCAUAUUCUCUUCGAUUACCUUUCACACAAUGAGAGGAUUUCUCCAUGUUUAGCCUGCCAUCUGCUGGCUUUAAUAUGUUCUAUCAGAUCUUUCCAGUUUAUUUUUUGUUACAGAUGUACCUAUUUGAAAAUGUUACACGUAUACUGCAUAAGCAGAUUGUAAAUGGUGUGACGUGUGCAUUUACAAGUUGAACCAUAAAAACUGGGACUUUGGGAACCAGAAAAAAAAAGAAUUUCCAAAAGCACCUUUGAUGUUUGUUUUGCUUUUAUUUAAACUUUUGGUAUGCAGGUUUUUUUCUAGAUAUGUGGGCCUAACAAAAGCUAAUGUUUAGGAUAUGCAGAUGCUGCUUUUCCACAUACACAUAUAAAACUGUGCUUGUGGCUUGAUGGAGCAUUACUUGCAAAUAUUUUAUAGUAGUCAAUCUGACAAAAAAUCUCAAAUUUAUGUCAACAUUUACCAAACAAAUUAUUUAAAAAUGACCUUUAUUCAUAACCUUACUUGGCAGAAGAGUUUUGUUUUGUUGUAACAGCAGAUUUUAUAAAAAAGGGUCACUAUUGCCUAUGCCCCAUAUCAAGUGAAAACGUGAAGAGGCAGGAUUUUGAGUUGCAAACUAAGCCCUUGUGUUUUGUAUGAGCCAGGUUAAAUUGGAUUGUUUAACUUUUUAUUUGCUUCAUAUGGUUAUGGGAGUGUGAUGUCUUGGAUCAUAAUAUCUAAUCUUUACAUAUGUGUAGUGAUUGAAGCCUUGUUGGAUGGCACAAAGAAGUUGUUUUACUAUAUGCUAUACAGCAAAGGUUUAUGGAUAUCUUAAAUUGCUUUUACUUUGACAAAUAACAUUAAAUUGUACUUUACGUUUUCCAAACUCAGUAAUUGAGAUUCCAAAAUCCAGUUUUUUUUCACUAUUAAUACUUGCUCUCUAAAACAUUUGGGGAUAAAGGUUUCCAUCCUCUGAAGUAGACAGUCCUCUGUGUUGUUAUUCUUUCAAGGGGUUGUUAUAGGGUGGAUGGGUGAUGGAAAACAAAAACCUUUUCAAUUUAUGUAUGUUGAGGGGCAUAAAUGAUAAAUAUGUGUGAUAAUUACGACACCAUAUGUAGAGCAAUUAAAGUUAAAGAUUUGCAAUAAAAAUCCUCUCUAAUUAACUUGAUAAACAUUUUAAAAUGUUUGAAUAAACUUUACAAAAAAAGAGUGAAACAGUUUUAUUUUAAGUCUGGCUUUGUGUGUGUCUGUUAGUGUGUGUGUGUGUGUGUGUGUGUGUGUGUGUGGUGGUGGUGGUGGUGUUUUUGGCGAAAGACCUUAAUACUCAUGUCUGUUGGAGAGUGAAAAUUGCAUUCAUUUGUCAUCUUGUUGAUUUCAGAGUUUUUUUUUUGAUUGUGUAUUUUGAAAGGGAGUGACAUCAGUGUGUUCUGAGAGGACAGCUGUUAUGUCUGCACUUACAGUUUUAAGUUUUGAUUGCAACGUUGUGCAGCUUUUAGUACUGAAUUGUUUCUUCAUUUCCUCUCUGUAACAGCUUCCUAAUUGGAGGCCAACCCUGUAUCUUUUCUCUCACAACAUGAUCAAAUUCAUCGAACCCCAGACAUAAAGUUGGUUGCAUUGUUCAAAUGCAAUCAGAGUACAUAAUUUUGUUUCAUGUGAAGUUCAAAACCUUUAAUAAACAUUUAAAAAAGUUUA